UUAAAGUCCUCAGUUUCUCUCCGAAAUCUGUACAAAACGCAGAUUGCCUCCCCUCCCUCUCUCUCUCUCUCUAGAAUUUGAUAUCACUCGUUCAUCCCGAAUACCAUGCCGUUUUGCGAGGUUGCGUCGCCGCAGAAUGCCGCCUCGGCGGACGCGAACCUCAACGACGGAAUCAAAAUCUUCUACCAAACGUACGGCCGCGGACCGACCAAGGUCCUCCUCAUCAUAGGUUUGGCGGGGACUCACGACUCGUGGGGCCCACAGAUUCAGGGACUGACGGGGUCCGUUGCACACAAUGACGACGAGAGGACGUCAGCCGCUGACUGCUGCGGCGAUGAGGCUGGUUUUAGCGGCGGUGACAUCGAGGUGUGUGCCUUCGACAACCGCGGCAUGGGUCGGAGCUCCAUCCCCACUAAAAAAUCCGAAUAUACAACAAGAACAAUGGCAAAGGAUGCAAUUGCAUUGAUGGAUCACUUAGGGUGGACAGAAGCCCAUGUUUUUGGGCAUUCGAUGGGAGCUAUGAUAGCUUGCAAAUUAGCAGCAAUGGUGCCCGAUAGAAUUCUGUCGUUGGCUUUGCUUAAUGUGACCGGGGGAGGUUUCGAAUGUUUACCAAGGCUUGACCGACAAACAUUAUCCAUUGCUGUCCGGUUUUUGAAGGCAAAGACUCCCGAGCAAAGGGCGGCUGUAGACUUGGACACGCACUACUCGAAGGGAUAUCUUGAAGAAUAUGUUGGAUCCAACACGAGAAGGGCGAUGUUAUAUCAAGAAUAUGUCAAAGGCAUAUCAGCAACCGGGAUGCAGUCCAACCAUGGUUUCGAGGGUCAAAUCAAUGCAUGCUGGACGCAUAAAAUGACACAGGAGAUUGAAUUGAUCCGCUCAGCAGGAUUUCUCGUUUCAGUCAUUCACGGCAGGCAUGACGUCGUUGCUCAAAUAUAUUAUGCAAGGAGACUGGCAGAGAAGCUGCAUCCUGUUGCUAGAAUGGUAGAUCUUCCUGGAGGGCAUCUAGUGAGUCAUGAAAGGACCGAGGAGGUAAACAAAGCUCUUAUGGAGUUGAUCAAGGCAACGGAAGCAAAGACCGAGCCACAUGAUUGGACAAAUUUGCCUGAAACAAGUUCGGGGUGGAUGGUUACAAGAAUUUCCCGUAUCAGAAAAAGCAGCGCAGAAGGGAGAAGUGUGUCAUUCACGCCCAGCAUAUCCGAAAGGCUACAUCUUUUCCUCUUUGGCCUCUUUUCAUUGGCAUUGGAGAAUGGAAGGAGAGCCCUCAGAACCAUAAAACCGGCAAGAGUCGGACAUGCCAUCGCAUAAGCUGCUGCUGAUCGUCAAAGAACCCCCCGCAUUUCUUUCAACUGGGGUUCAUCGAUUUUUCAUUCCAUCGGCACUGGUGAAUGCUGCGUCAAGUGUUCUUCCCCGAAACCGGGAUUUGUUAACAAGAUAUGAGGCCUUUUAUACAGAUAUGUUGCAACCGGAGGCAGGAACGGAGAGAGGAUCACAAGGGCCAAUAUUUAGGCGGAUCCCAAUCCUCAAUUCACUUGCAACAUAUCAAGAUAAUAUUUUAUCCAUUUAUACUGGAGACAAACAAGUCUUUACAGAUUGUACGCUUUACAGAAUGAGAGCAAACCAGAAAUAGGGUGUUUCUAUUUUUA